CGUCGACGGGGUCAUAAAUGUCAAGCCAGCGCUGCUUGAAUCCCUAACACAUCGCUAUAGACCGUUUAAAACACGCCGAACUCCAGCCAGAUCGCCAGGGAGGCCCGUGGACAGUGAGGUUCCAGGCCCAAGGACGUACAUAACCAGGGACGACUCGUGACAUCGUGAAAAGGGAUUAAGGACGACUAGGACCACGAAAUACGGUUCUCACGAACGACAGGCAGAUAGGGCCGACAGUCCGAGGUAGCGACCUGGCUCCGAGGGCGACUUUGCAAGAGAAAGCUCUAUUCAAAAGCAAAUCUAGCCACCCGUUUGUCUACUUUCACCGAGAGCUCGCGGAAAAGCUGGUCGGAUAUAAGUGGAAGCGACCAGAAGAACAAAGGUUGUUCUCAAACCCCGGCCUCGUCGCCAACGGACGGACUUGCAUCUUUGACAAUACGAAGAAAUCACAAACUACUACCCCGCGAACACCAUGCCGAACUCGAACAUGACGGACCUGCAGCCUCUGCUCGCUGCACGCGACCCAGCAAACCCAGACGUGCUUAUUGCGCCACAGCAGCCGUCGACUGAACAAGUACCAAUCACAGAGCAGGAAGUGGGAGAGUAUCGAGAGCAGGAUCGGUUUCUACCGAUCGCCAACGUCGCCCGUAUCAUGAAAUCCUCCGUUCCACCGACCGCCAAAAUCGCCAAAGACGCCAAAGAAUGCGUACAAGAAUGCGUGUCCGAGUUCAUCUCCUUCAUCACCUCCGAAGCCGCCGAGAAAUGCCAACUGGAGAAGCGCAAGACAAUCGGAGGGGAGGAUAUCUUGCAGGCGAUGAGUACGCUGGGGUUCGACAAUUACGUGCAGACCUUGAAAAUUCAUUUGGCGAAGCUGAGGCAGAAUGGCGCCUCGGCAGCGGUGACUGCUGCUCAGCGGGAACAACAACAGCAGGCUGAGCAACGGAUAGAAGAGGAGGAGUGA